AUGCCUAGCAAGCCGAAGUCCCAGCAAAGUAAUAAAGCUGCCACUCAAAGGGCACUGGCUGCACCUAUCAGCACCCAACGCCGCUCUGGGCAUACCAGCAAGGGGGGAGAUCAGCUCAAACCCCCCACGGCCACUGCGCCAACAACUCCCAUCCAAAAAACUACACCUGGCCCAGUACAGGACACAGUUGCGGCAUCAGAGCCCGACCCAGUCCAGGAAGCAGCUGCGGUAACAGAGUCCACCAGGCCAGCUCUAUCGGGAGGCAUCCCACCUGCCAACAUGACCCAACUUGCCUGUGCUUGCCCCAACAAACGAGGGCACCCUGCCCGUGAAGGUCACAGCGGUGCAACCAUUGCCAAUGGUCACUGCCACGACCGCAGCACGGGGCAAAGCUUGCCCCCGUUGAACCCGCCAUCACAGGCUGGAGCACUCGGCCCUCUAGCUGCCGCCAAUGUUAUGGCCGUGGAACAUGACCUGGAGCCAGAGGCUGAUGCCCGACCAGCUUCACCCCUAGCGAGGACCCCCUCACCCACCUGCGCUUCCCCCAUUGAGAUCGACGACGAUGAUGACGAUGCAAACUUCAUGGCACUCCAGCAAGGAGAUGGACCUCUGGGAAGCCCCCGGGGAGAGCAGACCCAAAUGGCUCAUGAUCAAUCCCGGCUGGGGCAUGAAGAAAGUCCUCCUGCACCCUCUAACUGCGACGCGCAGGUCCUGAGCCUCACCAACACGGCUAUCAAUGACGAGCUAAUGAAGGUACUUGUCCAGCUGAACAGCGGCAUAGCCAACCCAUACAGUGCCAGCAUCUGCAUCUCACCGCCGAACCCUGAGGAUCCCAACGUGCCAGCGCUGGGGGUAUGGCUGGGACAGAUCCCUGAAGCACUUGCAGCCAGGCUCUCGACUCAAAGCAUCUGGAGCUUCACCAAAAUCACCUUCACCCCCCUCGACCUCCUCGACCUUGAUGACAUUAGAGCUCCUGACCUUCUCAUGUUACUCAAGAACUUCAUCGACCACGCAACUGACAAAAUAGUGCGGGAUGCGAUCAUCUCCCGACUCAACGACCCCGAUGUUGCCUGGCAAAUCACAGGCCUCAUCAGCGACGAUCAGCCGUCAAAUGACAACAUGAACGUACUCGCGGGUGCAGCCGAAAUCCUCGACCUGAUCGAGGUGGAACACAUUGAGGCGAAAGCUCAGGGGGGCACAAGAGCUCUGUUGUGGAAGGUGAAACUGCGUUACAACCCCUUCCACCACAUCGAGAUCUGGGUGUUCUUCCACAAUCUCCUCGUGGGAUUAAGCUACCCAACAAACAUGGCAGGCAUCGGGGAACCUUACUUCCCUCGCCCCUGCGCUAUCUGCUCUUGUGUGUCACAUAUGCGGGGCCUCUGUACUCUACCCUCAUUACCCGGCUGGAAUGGGCCCACGACAGCUACGAUCGGGCUCUCCUGCAACAUGCCACGGAGAGGCACUCCUGCGUGGAACACACUGCUUGUGGCCUAUGCCCCGCACCUAGCACGGGAAUAUGGUAAGGAUGACUCGUGCUUGGAUGAACCCUCGCUCAACUGCCAAAACACUCGACGUGAUGGUCCUAGUCACUGCUGUGGCAACUAA